AUGAAGUUCUCAGGCAGAGAAGCCCAAGUCCAUGCGGUGAUAAAGCUCUUACAAUCAAAAUACCAGUACAAAGAAGAGGCCGAAAUCAUCUGUGACAAAGUUCAGGUUAAACUCAGCAAGGAGUGUUUCCAUCCUUCCAAUACUUGCAUUACUGACCUAAGGACUUCACACUGGGAGGAAGCGAUCCAGGAAACAAAAGGUGGUGCAGCCAAUAGGAAAUUGGCCGAAGAAUGUUAUUUCCUGUGGAAAUCUACACGUUUACAGCAUAUGACACUAGCGGAAGAUGUCAAAGCCAUGCUCACUGAACUUCGGAAGGAAGUCCGCCUGCUUUUAUUAACAAAUGGAGAAAGACAGACACAGAGGGAGAAGAUCGAGGCUUGUGCCUGUCAGUCCUAUUUCGAUGCUAUUGUUGUAGGUGGAGAACAGGAAGAGGAGAAACCAGCCCCUUCCAUAUUUUAUUACUCGUGUGAUCUUCUGGGAGUCCAGCCUGGGGACUGCGUGAUGGUUGGGGACACCCUAGAAACCGAUAUUCAAGGAGGCCUCAAUGCCGGGCUGAAAGCAACGGUCUGGAUAAACAGAAAUGGAACAGUGCCAUUGAAGUCAUCCCCCAUGCCGCAUUAUAUAGUUUCUUCUGUGCUGGAAUUACCUGCUCUCUUACAGAGUAUAGACUGCAGAGUCAGUGUGUCAGCUUAGAGCACAGAAAGGGGCGUGCUUAGGAAUUUUAGGGUCAAAUUACAGAGCUUCACCUAAGAAAAGUUAAGGCAUUCUAUAUACUAUGACCCAGUUCUGGAAUAAUUAUACUUGUCAUUUAAUGGCCAGCCAACCAUUGACUGGUAUUUAUACCUGAAAAUUCAGAGUGCAUUAAUACAAGUUACUUUUAGUGGUGUCAUCCAAAAAACUUGAGGAAGUCUAUUUGUUAAUCUGUGGCUUGAGAUUUUUUAAAAAAUUAUUUUAUUAAUCUCUUAGCAUCUUGGAUCCAGGAAGAUACCAGGGAGGAUAACUUAUACAUGGACACACAAAUACAGAUUUUAUGUUUUGGCUUGAAAAUGUAUUUUUUUAAAAAAUAGGUAUUCUAAAACAUAUAUGAUAGAGAUUUAUUAGAGCAGUUGGAUCUGGUUAAUAUGAAAUAAAUACCAAGUCACAUGCAAAUCCAGACAUUUCAUAGUGAAAUGAUUUUCAUAUUUUCUGUUUUUAUAACAUGCACCAUAUUUUUCCCUACUCUGAAUGUAUACCCCUCCUAUGAAUCUAAUUUUUCUGCAUUUCCUUUGCAGGGGGGUAAUUUCCUAUGCUGUAGACAUGACCAACAAAUUCCUCCGGUAAAAAAGCUGUUAAAAUCAGCAGCAUGGUGCUCCUUUUCCAUGAUACUUUCACGUCUUUCCUGAGUGAGCUUUGAGGUUCCUGUUAGUCUUUGCCUCUCAUGGAACUACUGUUGCUGUCUCUCCCAGGCACGCAGUGGGAUUGAGGGACUGGCCUGCUUUGCUAAGGAUGAGAGCCAGCACUUGGCACCAGAAGUCUUUUCCCUUCUGUGGCUACAUCGGAGGGGAAUUGUUUGGUGCUGCUAAUCCUGCUGCCCUACCCGUCGUCUGCUGACUGAAGAGCUCAACCACGUGAUGAGAACUAGUAGAAAACUAGGUUUUGCUGCGAACCAGUUCCAGGGUGCCAUUUUAACACCUCCUGGGCUUUGUUUGGUGUUAACAUCCGCCUUCAAUCUCCUGUUUUUCAAAUUUGGGGAAAUACAUCAUUGUUUCACAAAUUCAUCCAAUUCAGGGUUUGCUUUGAGCCUACUAAUUAAUGACUCCAUAGUGAGGCAUCUUGCAACUAGAAAAUUUUCUCAAGACCAUUAGGCUAGCAAGUCUCAUGAUUUUACCAGCCAAACUUGGAGUAAAACUGUUAAUUAAGGAAAAAAAUUAUGUGGGUUUUUUUUUUUUUUUUUUUUUUUUACUUUUGUGUAAGGAACUACCAGUGUAAAAUGUUAGAUUGCUAGGAUACAUACAGCCGUGGCUCCUUCAAGCAUCCUGCCAAGAGCAGGAUUCUCUGCCACUGGUGCUUACGCCUGUUGACUUCUCACUCUUCCUUUUUUAAAAUGUGACUGUGCCCUUGCCUGUCCAGGGUGCUGUCACUCUGAAGCUGGAUGUUUGUGAACAGGGAGUGGUUCCCAUGUAGCUCUUCCUGGCGCGGUGCCUAUGUGACCUCAGUUCUACCUUAGCUGGUUUAAAAUUGUUAGGUAGGAGGAUCGUGACAGAAGAAUAGUUGUGUGCGUGAUUUCUGUGGUGGAUCGGAGUGUGAUGCGGAGGACGCCUGCCACAGGACAAGUGUAAGCACGGCGCAUCCUUAAUGCUGACUGAGGAGGAUCACCGGGAUCACUGAUCCAAGGUCACAGCUGUGGGCCGCGUUCAGAGCACCCAGGAUGUCGAGCUGCCGUUCUUCCGCAGAAGUGAGCUGGGGGGAAUGAUAUAACUGAGUUUCCUCGUCUUCAGUUUGUAUUCUAGACAAUGUGGUAAUGCAGUAUUACAUUCCAUUUGCACCCUUCCUUAGGGAAGAACUUUGUGAUUUUCUGCCUUCUGAGUGGAAUGUUACAGAAGAUAUUAAGAAAUCUUGGAAUGACCUAUUAUUUUCUUAAUGAUGUUUUUGUUUUAGAGUAAUAUUUCUUAAGAUUAAAAAAGUGAUUUAACAAUGA